AUGAUUUCUUUGUGGAUUCAGUUGUUCCUUUUGAGCUGUCUCUGCCCUCGGGUAAUUCCAGCUCCCUUAGAUACUCCAAAUGAGGACCAGGAUCCCGAGCUAACUGCAGGAUAUUUCGAGGGCGAUAUGGAUGUUAUACUUGGACGGAAUGGACAAGUAUCGCCUGCAACCCGAUGGCCGAAUGCCACAGUCCCUUACCGAAUUUCUGAGGAGUUUGAGUCUAACCAAAUGGCUCACAUAGAGCUGGCCAUGAAAAUCAUCGAACGUUCCUCUUGCAUUCGCUUUGUGCCCGCUGCUAAGGAUGCAAAGGACUAUGUUCAUGUGAUCACCUCUACGGAUGGAUGCAGCUCCCAGGUGGGCUAUCAACCAGGUGUGCGAGUCCUUAGGCUUAUACCUAGUGACCUGGACAUACGCUGCUUCAGACUGGGCGUACUCCAGCAUGAGUUACUCCACACGCUGGGAUUCCGGCAUCAACAGUGCUCCCCGGAUCGUGAUGAGUACGUGAGGAUCUUGGAGGAGAAUAUCAUCGAGGGCAAGGAGAAGUACUUCCUCAAGUAUGAUGCUUCUGAGCUGGAAAACUUUGAUCAGCCCUACGACUAUGCCAGCAUUUUGCACUAUGGUCCCAAGGCCUUUUCGGCGAAUGGAAAGCCAACAAUUAAGGCCCUAAGUCCCAAAAGUCAGAGCCUUUUGGGUCAGCGUAAGAUCAUGACUGAAGUGGAUGUCAAUAGACUCAAUACAAUGUACAAAUGUCAAAUUCCAUUGUAA